AUUAAUAAAAGGAGAAAGAAAAACGUAAAAUAACCAGUAUCGAAUAAUUAAAUAUGAUUUUUUUUUUAUCUUAUACCUUUAAACGUUUUCACUCAAGAGCAUGAAAGUGUUUUUUAGCGAAAUUGAAAAAAAAAUUGCUCUUUAAAUGGACCCAUUUGAUUUCUCUUUAUAUCUUACAGUUAAGAUUUUAAAUAAUCAUAUUUGUAGGAGUAACCGGCAUGGCAAAGUGGCAAGAGCGUCUGCUUUAGAGUCGCGAAGUAAUAAAUCAAACCUUAACGUCGCGAAUCCCGCUGUGGAAUGUGGAGAACGGUCCUUUGGAUGAUACCGCAUAAACCGAGGUCCCGUGUCGCUGGCACAAACAAGAUCCAGACUGCUCGAUGGCCUAAAGUGCCGACAUUUUUUUUUAAAAUCUGUAGUUCUCCACGGGCAAAUGGUAAUGUCUCCAUAUGAGUGAAAAUUUUACGAAAGGGGCGUUAAGCAACAUACAUCAAUUAAUCAUAUUUAUCGGAAUAUUUUUUUUAAUAUGACACAAUAUAAAUUCAUAAAACUUGAGUUAAUUUGAUUCUUAUUUACUUAAUAUUAACAAUUGGCAAACACGCCAGAUAUUGAAUAGGUGUAAAUUUUGCCUUUUCAACCAUUGAAUAUGAGGGAAUAAAACUAUUUCAACUCUUAAUUUUUUAGCUUGUAGUCCUGGGUGGUAUGGCAGAGAAUGUCAAGAACAAUGUGGUUAUUGUGAUGGUAGUAUGACGUGUAACCAUGUCACAGGAUUCUGUCCUGCGUUAUGUCAGCCUGGUUAUCAUGGGAAGAAAUGCAGCGAAAUCUGCAAUGACGGUUGGUACGGUAGGGAAUGUAAAGAACCGUGUGGUUACUGUAGAGGAAACAGACCAUGCCAUCACAUGACCGGAUCUUGUUUGGCGCUCUGUGAACCUGGGUAUCACGGGGAUAAAUGUAAAGAAAGCGAAUUUUCUCAACUUCUUGCAAUACUGAGACAAAUGCUCAACCCCCUUAGAGAGCUGUAUUCUUUUAAACGACGAAGAGUUGGACUGAUUGCGAACAUCACUUCCCCCACUGACCUCAAAUAAAAAAGAUAUUACUAUAUUGUACUGAUAUUACAAUAUGUUUUCCCCGAGAAUGUUUCGUGUUAAGUUUCUUCUUUAUACUAUAUCAUUCUUUAAAAUGCACAGUUUCCUUAAAUUCAUACCACUUUCUUUUUGAUUG